CUCUUUUUCAACUCUCUUUGGUCAAAGUGAUUACUUUUGUCUUUUCUGAUUGUAACUCACUUUCAAGAAUGGUCCCUAAAGUAACACAUUUAAUUUAGUCACGCAGUUGGUUAAUCCCGCAAGGAAUUCACACAGAAAAAACGAGCCUUGAUCCAAUUUGUUCCAUACGGUGAAGGGGAGAGACUCAGAGAGAGUCAAAUUACACAAGACGUCAACGACUCAUUGCCAGAAUUCAUCUGUCCUCGAGUACACACUUUGAACAUCGAGAAUCAAAGAUGAAAUUGGUUGUAUUUUUGGGGUGCUUCAUGCUCGCCUUUGCAGCUGUGGGAGCGACGAUACAGCCUAGAGAACCUGGUUGGACUGGUUCACUUUUAGUGGUGCCGAUGGAUGGGAGUCACUGGACUGGUGUGAAAGCUGUAGCGGAGGAGAUGGGCCGCAGGGGACACAAAGUGACAGUGGUCAUUCCAGAGGUCAGUAUACUGCUAGGACCUGGCAAACACUACACUACUAGAACAUUUCCAGUUCCGUACGAAAAGCAACAACUGGAUGAACUCCAAGCUCGGAAUGCAGAGGUAAUGGAGAGUAAGCAGCUGCCUUUGUUGGAGAAGAUCAGCACCAGAAUUAGUAACAUGAGGAAAUUUGUGGACUUCCAAAGAGCCACAGCUGAGAGUCUCCUAUUGAACCAAGAGCUGGUGGACUUCCUGAGGAAGCAGAAGUUUGAUGCCGUACUCACCAGCCCAGCUGUACCAACUGGUGCUAUCCUGGCUUAUAACCUCUCUUUACCUGCUGUGUAUAUGUUGCGAGGCUUACCUUGUGGAUUAGACUCGACAGCCACGGCCUGUCCGAACCCUCCCUCUUACAUCCCACGGUUCUUUACAAACAACUCAGAUCGUAUGUCUUUUCGUCAACGUGUGCUGAACUUUCUAGUGAGCAUCGUAGAGCCAUUGCUUUGCAGACUGAUAUAUUGGUCUACUGAGGGUGUAGCAUCCCGUUUCCUGCAGAGAGAUGUAAGUGUGGCAGAGAUCCUGCGCAGUGGAGCCCUGUGGCUGCUGCGGUAUGAUUUUAGCCUGGAGUUUCCUAAACCCUUGAUGCCCAACAUGGUUCUAAUCGGAGGGAUUAACUGUGCAAUAAAUAACCCUCUUGCUAAGAUGAAAUGAUCCAGAAAUGACUGCAUGCUGUCAGGCAGAUUAAAUAUCUGUUCUGCAGCUC